UCAAGGGGAAAGCUACCUAAAAUCAAAACACAAUUCUAUCGUAUGGUGGCGAUCAGAACACGUCAUCAACAAGCACAGCAUCAGAUUUUUGGACACCUUUUCGGGCUACGAAUCGCUAACAAGCUUGUGCUGCCCACAAGAUAAAAACCACGUUUCUGAUAUCCAAAUCUUCGCUCAUACAUCGCUAAAGAAUGGCCAUGCUGGUAACAAGCCUUGCCAAUGGCUAUUACGCCAAACCCUUAGCCGGAAAGUCCAGUUCUAUUUCUCUCUCAAAGUCUUCUCGCAGGAUCUCUCUCAAUGUGCCAAGAGCCCAGGCCACUCCCAUUAAUCCAUCUAUACGAAAGGAGGAACCCAAAGUGGUUGAUAAUGUUCCUGUUGCUGAGCUCUCUAAGCCACUAACUGCCUAUUGCAGAUUCACGAACAAUGAGAUAAGCUUCCCUUACACUGACAUGCUGGGUUAGCCAAUGAUAACAUACAAUCAGCCUACUGUGUUCUCUAACAGCCAUGCAAAUAAGCAACGGGACAUUACAACAGUAUAUAUCGGUAAUGACCUUUUAGGUUGUUUUAGGAUCAGCAAGCAUGUUUUAAUGUAAAAUAAGCACUUAAUGGAAUAUUUUACGCAUUCUUUUAAUGCCCCUGGACAUGGAUUUCUGGGAGCAGCUGGACAUGGUUUGGCUGGGGUAUGGGGUACCCAAAGCAGCAGGGCCUGUACCUUGGUCCAACUGUAUGGGGUCCUUCUCUCUCUCCCGUUUGUCCUGCAAUGGGACUCAAAACAGAAGAACCUGGUGACGUGACUCUAAGGGGCUUCUAGGUCUCUCUAUCAGUAUAUAUACAGAGAAGAAAAGAAAGAACCUUUCAUGUAUUCACCAUAGAUCAUAAUAUGAUCAUCCACAAGGAAAGGCCUCUAAGUUACAUCUUUCUCAGUUCUUGUAGAAUUUUAAGUUUGUUUGCCUUCUUCUAUUAAGCAAUGAUUUAUGUUCUCGUAAUUCAAUUGCCUUGUUUUUUCUUCUCCUCUA